AUGAAGGAAGAUGGCGGCCAGAGAGAGGAAAGAGGUUGACUUCUCUCAAAUUAAAAAUAAGCAAAGACGGAGUUCUCUCUACCAGCAGGAAAAGCUAAAGAAAGCAAAAGAAAAAAGGGAUCAGAAACGUAAACGAAAACAGGAGGAAUCCCAGGAAGAAGGAGAGCCUAAACCAAAGCAAGUUCCAAGAACUAUUGACAACACUCGAGUUGCUGAUGAGACCAUUGUAGAGCCGCAGGAUGAGGAGGUCUUGAAUGAUGAAGAAACUGAUGAGUUUGCAGCAUACUUUAGAUGUGAGGUAGUACCCAAGGUUCUUAUCACCUCAAGUGACAGAUCUAAAGUGAAAACAGUUCAGUUCAUGGAGGAACUCCAACGCAUCAUCCCAAAUUCUGAAGUCCGUGUACGUAAGGGUAUAGAUUUGAAGAAAAUUAUCCCUCAAGCUAAAGAAAGAGGAUUUACAGCUCUUGUUGUUGUGAAUGAAGACAAAAAAAUGCCAAAUGGAGUAGUGAUAAGUCAUUUGCCAGAUGGACCAACUGCACAUUUUAAAUUGACCAGUGUGAAACUUGGCAAGACAAUCAAGAACCAUGGUCGUAAGACAAGCCAUAGACCAGAGGUUAUACUCAAUAACUUUAGCACACGUCUUGGCCAUUCAGUAGCUCGCCUUCUCGCUGCCUUGUUUCCUUAUGAUCCUCAGUUUCAAGGCAGACAAUGCAUUACCUUUCAUAAUCAGCGUGACUUCAUUUUCUUUAGACAUCACAGAUAUAUUUUUAAGAACCAAAAGAAGGCAGGACUGCAAGAAUUGGGCCCCAGAUUUACACUUAAGCUUCGCUCUUUACAACGAGGAGCUUUUGAUUCCAAGUUUGGAGAAUAUGAAUGGAUUCAUAAGAGAAAAGAGAUGGAUACAAGCCGCAAGAAGUUCUUUCUUUAAUCUUAUUAGACUGUGUAGAAUAAUUUGUCAGUGUUACAAUUUUUGAUACUUUAUUCCUCUUUGGAACUUACCAGUAGUCUCUGUAUGGAACCUCUAUCUCUCUUUGGGACUCAGGAAUUUCUUUUCCUAACCCUUUACACCAUUGAUCAGUAUGCAUAUUCUCCAUACUGUUCUCUAUACAUUCCCU